GACCCUCCUGCCGGUACCUGUCUUUGGUCCUCCGUGCCCUCCACGCUAAUAAACCACAGCGCCGCUUUAUGCAGCAACGUGCUAUCUUCGCUGUGGUGCCAACGGACGCUGGGGCCCUUUUACUCCAUCCCCUCCCCCUUCUCGCUCUCCUUCCCCUUUUCCCCUUUCUUCUCCUUCCCGUGCAUCGUCGCCGUCGUCGUCGAAGGCAAGAUUAUUCGGACUGGUGUUUUCUGGGCUCAUCUUACUCUUUACGAACCACGCUCUCUCCCUUCUGGAUCAUCGACUUCACUCUUUUAGUUGAUUUUCCGUCCCUUCUUUCCCUCCGACCAACCAGCCCCUCUCUCUCUCCGGCCACUCUCUCAAGCAAACGAGAAACAAAUACAUUCUUUUUCGAUACACCAGUUCUCGCAGACCUCAGUCGUCCCGCCUCCCGAGUAACACGACUGAUUAUCCCUUGCUCUUUUCCCAUGCCUUGAAGAGUCGUCUGGGGGGGCUGUUGUUUGGUGAUUGGGAACGUGAUACCAAGUUGUCGAGUUCCUCUCACCAUCACAACGCCUACCACCCUCGACAUCGAGCCUUGCAAUGCAAUCCACAAGAAUCUGUUCGCAUGUAAACAACCCACCAUACUAACCGUGUCAUU